UCAAGUUUGGCAUCCGAUUAUACUGCUAUGUCCUCCCCAUUUGGGAAGGAGGGAGGAAGGCGAGGAGCGGAGCUCUGUGCAGCUGACAGCUCCUCCAUCUGGCCCUGAGUCACAUGAGCUCUGUGGGACUGCUGCAGCUGAGCGGAUACUUGCCUGGAGCGACUGCAUUGCAAAAACUGUGACUCAGGGAGGUGUUGUGGAUGCAGGAGGGGGGACGGAGCUCUGUAGGAACACGACUUAGUCAUCCAUCCAGGUGGCCAUGCUGAUUACAUGGUGGUAUUUAUACCUUGCAGCUCGGAGCUUCAUUGGACAAUCACUGAAAAUGGCUUCAGUCCUGCAGAAACUGAUCACACCGCUGUUCAGUGGUCCACCUGAGCCUCCGAGGAAUAAAGUUACAGUAGUGGGUGUGGGCCAGGUUGGCAUGGCCUGUGCUCUCAGCAUCCUACUCAGGGAGCUGGCUGAUGAGCUGGCGCUGGUGGAUGUGGUGGAGGAUAAGCUGAAAGGAGAGAUGAUGGACCUGCAGCAUGGCAGCCUCUUCCUCAAAACCCCCAAAAUAGUUGCAGAUAAAGACUAUUCGGUUACAGCUAACUCCCGCAUCGUCGUGGUGACCGCCGGAGUCCGUCAGCAGGAGGGGGAGAGCAGGCUGAACCUCGUUCAGAGAAACGUCAACAUCUUUAAGCACAUCGUCCCCCAGAUUGUCAGAUACAGCCCUGACUGCAUCAUCAUUGUUGUUUCCAAUCCAGUCGAUAUACUGACUUAUGUGACCUGGAAACUGAGCGGGCUUCCCAAGCACCGUGUCAUCGGCAGCGGCACCAACUUGGACUCGGCGCGCUUCCGUUUCCUGAUGGCCGACAAACUGGGAAUCCACCCGAGCAGCUUCAAUGGAUGGAUCCUGGGAGAGCAUGGAGACACAAGUGUGCCUGUGUGGAGUGGAACAAACGUGGCUGGAGUCAGCCUGCAGACGUUAAACCCUGAUAUCGGCACUGAGAGCGACGACGAGAACUGGAAAGAGACUCACAAGAAGGUGGUGGACAGUGCCUAUGAGGUGAUCAAACUGAAAGGCUACACCAACUGGGCCAUCGGUCUCAGCGUAGCCGACCUGACAGAGAGUCUCAUGAGGAACAUGAACAGGAUUCAUCCCGUCUCCACCAUGGUGGAGGGCAUGUACGGGAUCAGUGAUGAGGUCUAUCUGAGUCUGCCGUGCGUGCUGAACAACGGGGGCGUGGCUAGCGUGAUCAACAUGACCCUGACAGAUGAAGAGGUGGCCCAGCUGCAGGCCAGCGCUAACACGCUCUGGGACAUCCAGAAGGACUUGCAGGACGUGUAACCUGCCGGCAGGGGGAGCCAAUAGCUACACCUUCCUGACUACUCAUGACCUUCAGCAUCACUCCACGGUCACACCAGAAAGCUUUGCCCCUCUGCACCUUCAGCCUACUGCACUAUGUAGAUUCCCAGAUGUUUGGAGGGGUUUCAUCCAGCCAGAUUUAGCCGUAGGGGUCAGUUUGUGCACUUCUGCUCGCUGGAGACCAAAAAGUGACCCCAAUGAUGAGUGAGAUGCUCUGACUCAUUUGUCCUUAGCUGUGUUGCACUGUGGGACCAUGUGUCAUGUUGCUCGCCUAAUAAAAGAAGCGGGGGCUUAAAGGAAUAAGUGCAGUGUUUCGGUUCUUCAGUGUUGGCUAUUUAUGUAGCGUGUUGUAGAAAUCUGUGAACAUGGGCUUUCUCUUUUGCUGAAAGUGAAGAGCAGAGUGUUACAUGUGGCCUAUGAUUUAACAACAUGGUUCAAUAAAAUAAAUCCUAAAACCCU